UAUUAGGAAAUUCAGAUUUUGCUCCUCAAAUUAAAUGGAAAAAUAGAAACAGUAAGGUAUCUACUACACUUGGAAAAUAACACCGAGCAAAAGUGUCCCGUCUCUUGUCAGUUUCACCCUCCAAUCUGUCAAUUUUCUUCUACAGCAGAGCAAGGAAGAGUAACGGAUAUUAUCACCUUCCUUCAUUAUCCCGUUCAGAUUUUUCUCCUAAAAUUAAACGGAAAAAUAGAAAGCUACCUACAAUGCACACUUGAAAAGACCAUUGAGCGGAAGUAAUCCAUUCUUUGUCACCUUCAGUCUUCUCAUUUUCUUCAAGUAAAGGAUAUUAGAAAGAUCUGUCAUCGCUCGCUCUCUCAUAACAAAAACACAUCCUCAAUCAGUUAUCAUCUUCCUUUUAAUUUCCUUUCUCUAAUCUGCUUCACGAUGAUCAUGAGGAGCAUAGCAUCUUGUUACAGCGAACACGCCAUAAAGAUUUCCGAUUCAUAUCGUUCAGGCCAUUCAAACCAGCCUAAACUUUCUACCAACCUGAUCCCUUCAAUCCCAAAUGCAAUCACAUGUAUAUACAAAGCCAAACUCUCAACGCAAAAGGAGCUCCUGAUCACACUCACUUGGUGCAGAAACCUAAUGGGCCAAGGCUUCAUUGUUGACGUCGGUGAUCACAACACGUCCUCCCCCUCGAAGUUGAAUUCCAAUUCCUACCGACUGCAAAAGAAUAAAGGCACAAGAACAUUCCAAUCCUGCAACUCAAAUAUUGAGGUCUUCUGGGAUAUUUCCGAAGCCAAAUAUGAUGCUGGACCUGAGCCGAUCGAUGGGUUUUAUGUCGUGGUUUUUGCCGACUCAGAGCUCGGUCUGCGCCUUGGAGACAAGGAUGAAGAAUUGGACGAGAAGAAAUACAAAACAGAAACCCCACACCCAAAGCUCUCAUUGCUUUCUAGGAGCGAGCACUUCUCUGGGAAUGCUGUUUAUUCAACGAAGGCACGGUUCUGUGACAAGGGAACUCCUCAUGACAUCUUGAUCAAGUGUGUUAGAGAAGAAGGAUCAGAGAGCCCGGUAUUGUCUGUUUGCAUUGACAAUAAAGAGAAUUUUCAGGUGAAGCGAUUGAGGUGGAAUUUUAGGGGGAACCAAGCCAUCUUUGUAGAUGGAUUGGUGGUAGAUAUGAUGUGGGAUGUUCAUGAUUGGUUCUUCAAUUCAACAUCUGGGUGCGCUGUUUUCAUGUUUAGGACAAGGAGUGGGUUGGACAGCAGGCUGUGGUUGGAGGAAAAGAAUUGGGAACAGAAGGAACAAGAGAAAUUUUCGCUGUUAAUCUAUGCUUAGAAGCACAUUUGGUUUGGAGUCUCACGUGGAUACCAAGCUAGGCAACCUUUAUUUUUCAGCUUUUUAAUAAACAACUCAAAUGAUUUCUUAUAGGUCUGAGCUUAAGCUACGUUCGUGCCGGUGGAUGAAAAUAC